AUGCGCUUCUUUCGGGCUGUGUCGGCCUUGAUUUGGCUGCUGGUUUCCGGGGCCGUUGCGACUGACAAUGGCCUCACUGAUGCGGUGACGUGGGACAAGUACAGUCUCUCGGUCAACAACAGCAGGGUUUACAUUUACUCCGCCGAGUUCCAUUAUCAACGUCUACCAGUUCCCGAGUUGUGGCCUGACGUCCUCCAAAAGUUCAAGGCCAACGGCUUCAACACCGUGAGCAUCUACUUCUUCUGGUCCUACCAUUCCGCCUCCGAAGGCGUCUUCGACUUCGAGACCGCCGGCAAGAACAUCCAGCGUCUGUUCGACUACUGCAAGGAGGCCGGGUUAUAUGUGAUCGCGAGAGCCGGACCAUACUGCAACGCCGAGACGAAUGGCGGCGGCCUUGCCCUCUGGGGCUCCGACGGCCGCUUCGGCAAGCUCAGAACCUCGGACGAACGGUACUACGACGGUUGGCUGCCGUUCAUCACGGAGGUUGGCAAAAUCAUUGCAGCAAACCAAAUCACGAACGGCGGACCUGUGAUUCUCAACCAAGUCGAAAACGAAUACCAAGAGAGCGUUUACCAAGCGAACCACACCUCCGUCGUCUACAUGGAGCAGCUGAAGAAGGCCUUCAAGGACGCCGGCGUCGUCGUCCCGCUCACCCACAACGAAAAGGGCAUGCGCUCGCGCUCGUGGUCGACGGACUACAACAAUGUCGGCGGCGCCAUCGACGUCUACGGCCUCGACAGCUACCCCGGCGCGCUAUCCUGCACGGAUCCGACCGUUGGGUUCAACGUCGUCAGGACGUACUACCAGUGGUUCCAGAACUACUCGUACACGCAGCCGAGUUACCUCGCCGAGUUUGAAGGCGGGUGGUUCUCGAACUGGGGAAGCCAGACUUUCUACGAUGAGUGUGCUUCUGAGCAUGAUCCGGCGUUUGCGGAUAUCUACUACAAGAACAACAUCGGACAGCGGGUCACUCUGCUCAGCAUCUACAUGAGUUACGGAGGAACGAACUGGGGUCACUCCGCCGCACCUCAGGUCUACACCAGUUACGACUACAGCGCUCCUCUCCGGGAAACCCGCGAGCAAUGGACCAAGCUCUACCAGACGAAGCUCAUCGGGCUCUUCACCAGAGUCUCAACCGAGCUGCUCAAGGUCGAAAUGAUCGGGAACGGCACCGGUUACCAGCUUUCGUCUCCGUCGGCCUUCAGCUGGGUCCUCCGGAACCCAGACACCCAAGCCGGCUUCACCGUCGUCCAGCAGGCCAGCACCCGCUCCAUGACCCCGAUUCAGUUCGACGUCACGCUCAACACCACAGCCGGCUCGGUUACCGUGCCCGACGUGAUCCUCAACGGACGCCAAAGCAAGAUUCUCGUUUCAGACUACACCUUUGGCAAGCACACCCUGCUCUACGCAUCCGCGGACAUCGCCACGUACGGCAUCUUCGACAAGGACGUGCUGGUCUUUUACCUCCAGGAGGGCCAGACGGGGGAGUUCGCCUUCAAGGACGAGGCCGACCUCACCUUUGAAGUCUACGGCGACACCGAUCUGACGGAAACAACGAACGGUGGCCAUCCGGCCUUCACCUGGAAGCAAGUCGCCGGUUCCACAGUCGUCAAGUUCUCCAACGGCGUCCUGGUCUACCUCCUCGAACAGAAGACUGCCUGGCGCUUCUGGGCCCCGCCGACGACGUCCAACCCGACCGUCAGACCCGACGAGCAGCUGUUCGUCCUCGGCCCCUACCUCGUCCGCAGCGCCAGCAUCUCCCACGGCGUCCUCCACAUCUCGGGCGACAGCGACCGCGCCACGACCCUCGAGGCCUACGUCGGCGACAAGCCCAUCGAGACGAUCGACUGGAACGGCAAGCGUCUCGCCGCGACCAAGACCGCCUACGGCUCGUUCACCGCCGAGAUCCCGGGCGCAGAGGACCGCCCCGUCGCCCUGCCCGAGCUCAAGAACUGGCGCUCCGCCGACGCGCUCCCCGAGGCGGCCCGCGACUACGACGACUCGCGCUGGGUCGUCUGCAACAAGACCACCACCCCGAGCCCGUACGCCCCCGUCACGCUGCCUGUGCUCUACAGCUCCGACUACGGCUUCUACGCGGGCGCCAAGAUCUACCGCGGCUACUUCGACGGCGCCAACGCCACCGCCGUGAACAUCACCGCCUCGGGCGGGCUGGCGUUCGGCUGGUCGGCGUGGCUCAACGGGCAGUUCGUCGGCGGAGACGUCGGCUCCGCGUCUGCGACGACCACCAACAAGACGCUCCCCCUCCCCCGUUCUGCCCUCCGCGAAGCAGACAACGUGCUGACCGUCGUCGUCGACUACCACGGCCACGACCAGGCCUCCACGGCGCAGGGCAUCAACAACCCCCGCGGCAUCCUCGGCGCGCAGCUGCAGCCCGGCAGCUCCCGCACGUCCACGGGAUUCAAGCAGUGGAGGCUCACGGGCGCGGCCGGCGGCGAGGCCAACAUCGACCCCGUACGCGGCCCCAUGAACGAGGGCGGCCUCCACCCCGAGCGUCUCGGCUGGCACCUCCCGGGCUUCGCCCCCUCCGGGCCGUCCUGGGCGUCGCAGUCCCCCCUCGACGGGCUCGCCGAGGCGGGCAUCCGGUUCUACGUCACGACCUUCACCCUCAACAUCGACUCGGACCUCGACGCCCCGCUCGGCGUCGAGUUCUCCGCGCCCGCGGGGACGACGGCCCGCGUCAUGUUCUGGAUCAACGGGUACCAGUACGGCAAGUACGUCCCGCACAUCGGCCCGCAGACGCGCUUCCCCGUGCCGCCGGGCGUCCUCAACAACCGCGGCCGCAACACCAUCGCCGUCAGCCUGUGGGCGCAGACGGGCGAGGGCGCCAAGCUGGACGGGCUGAAGCUGGUGCGCUACGGGCAGUACCAGACGGAUUUCAAGUUCAACCGCGACUGGAGCUACCUCCAGCCGGGGUGGGAGGAUCGACGGGAAUACGCUUGA